AUGUCUGAAGAAACUCCUCUCCCUUCUGGAUACUACGACUCAGGAACCGGAGGAAACUCCCUUGAGGUCGACUUGAAUGUUCGUUUUGACAAAGCUGACAUGGUAUGGGUUGCUGUCAGUGGUUGUUUAGUCUUCUUGAUGGUCCCCGGUGUCGGUCUGUUAUACUCCGGUCUGGCUAGAAAGAAGCAUGCCCUUUCUCUAUUGUGGGCGUCUUUAAUGGCUGCGGGUGUGGUCUCGUUUCAAUGGUUUUUCUGGGGUUAUUCCUUGGUCUUCGGCCGUGACUCCAGUAACUUCUUGGGUAACAUGACAAAUUUCUGUCUGAUGGAUGUCCUUGGUGCUCCUUCAACUGCUAGUACCGUUCCCGAUAUUUUGUUUUGUUUCUUUCAAGGUAUGUUUGCUAUGGUUACCGGCUGUUUGAUGGUUGGUGGUGCUUGUGAAAGAGCAGCUUUAGGUCCUAUGAUGGUUUUCCUGUUUUGUUGGGUAACCGUUGUAUACUGCCCAAUUGCCGCUUGGACAUGGAACGCCAACGGAUGGUUGGCUGACCUCGGUGCCUUGGACUUUGCCGGAGGAGGACCUGUCCAUAUGAACUCUGGUGCUGGUGCCUUGGCUUAUGCUUUAUGGUUAGGUAAGAGACACGAUCCAGCUGUGGCUAAGGGAGUUCCCAAGUACAAACCUCACUCUGUGACCUCCGUCGUCUUGGGAACUGUUUUCCUGUGGUUUGGAUGGUUUGGAUUCAAUGGUGGUUCUACUGGUAACGCCUCCAUGCGUUCUUGGUACGCAUGUGUCAGCACCAACUUAGCUGCUGGUACUGGUGCUUUAGCUUGGUUGUUCGUUGAUUAUUUCAGAUUUGGUCGUAAGUGGACUACCACUGGUAUGUGCUGUGGUGCCAUUUCCGGUUUGGUUGCCAUUACUCCUGCUGCUGGUUACACGCCAGUUUAUUUUGCCGUUGCCUUUGGUAUUGUUGCAGGUACUCUAUGUAACUUUGCCGUUGAGCUUAAGUUCUUGAUGAAGAUUGAUGACGGUAUGGAUGUCUUCGCUCUUCAUGGAGUUGGAGGAUUUAUUGGAUCUGUGAUGACUGGUCUCUUUGCAGCCGACUACGUUGCUGCUCUUGACGGAACCGAAAUUGACGGUGGUUGGAUUAACCAGCAUUACGUACAACUGGGAUACCAAUUGGCCGCUUGUUGUGCCACCUUACUUUGGUCUUUCGGUGUUACCUCAAUUUUGCUUAAUAUCCAAGACAGAAUUCCAUUCUUAAAGUUGAGAUUGUCCGAGGACCAAGAGAUUAUUGGUACUGAUGCUGCUGUUAUCGGAGAGUUCACCUACAAUGAGGAUCAACAGGACAACAUGUUCAUUCCUCAACCUGAGCCAACUCCAUUGUCCCCAAUCAAAUCAAUCAGAUCUGUGUUGGGCAACAACAAGAGCCAAAACCCUCCAGCUAACGGUGAGACCCUAGGAUCCGAGACCAGCUCUGGCAAGCCAGAGUAA